AGUUUCCCACAAUGCCUUUGGGGGACGCUGACAAGUGGAUCCAAGAUGGCGCAAAAGUAAAGGGAAAGAUCCACUUUGAGCAAGUACAAGAGAUCAAGAACUCAAAGGGUCUUAAGAAAGCAUUUUGCUUGCUGAGUCAUGGCAUACAGGAGACCAGAAAAGUCAUGUGAACAAGCAUUUGAAUGUCUGAGAUUGCAAGAAUAUGAGCUGGCUACUAAGUAUUGCACAGAAGCGCUCAUCACCCUUGGCCACCCUUCCAUCACUAGCACAUCAUGCCAGCCAGAAAUAGACCGUAUUCAAAUUGAAAGUCUUCUCUACAGGAUAGCCUGCUUAUUGCAACUCAAAAACUAUGACCAGGCUGAUGAAGACUGUAAAAUUGUGUUGGCAGAGGGACUGGCCAAAGGAGACGGCACACUGCAAGCAGUGUUUCGCCUCAUGUACGUGGAGGGCAAGUUACAAGCAGUGUCCAGCAUUUUAUCAAAAUCCUUGAUGGGGGAAUCUUUGAAUGGCUUGAUAACGAAAGAUGUAACUAGGCUCAAAGUACUACUUACGGAAAUGGAGGUCACCAGCAAUAAACUAAUGUCAGCAUACUUAGAAGAUACAGAGGAAGAUUCUGAAGAUGGUUGGCAAUUCCGACCUCCACCUCGGGGUGUCACCUGUAGUGAAGAAUACACACUUUGCAAAAGGUUUGUAGAACAGAAGAUAUGUAGAUAUGGUGCACAAUGUACAUCUGCACACUCGCAGGAGGAGUUGACUGAAUGGCAAAAACGCUACUCUUCACGGCUUAUGCGUUUAAAACAACAAAAAGAAAAUAAACAAUCUGUCGGGAAUUAUAUGGAAACUUUAAUUGAAAAAUGGAUGAACUCCUUAUCUCCAGAAAAAGUGCUCAGUGAAUCGGUGGAUGGAAUAGCCGUGGAUCAUAGCCCAGGAUUAUCAAUAACUGUGACAACCAAGAAAUCCAGUCAACUAUGGACCUUCAUACUUCAUUGUCAACCUCCACGUUUGCUGUAUCGGAUAGCCUUGCUCUAUGAUGCUCAUCGCCCUCAUUUUUCCAUUGUGACUGUUUCUGUUGGUGACCUCAACACCCAAGUGGUACAAGACGUACCAGAGAACUGUCAAGAGUGGCUAGGAGGAGUAAAGAUGGCUCAGAAUGGAAUGGACCAUUGUAUAUAUAGAGUUAGUGUACAAUUCAGCACAGAAAUCUUUGGAACUUUUCGCCAAACUGUAGUUUUUGACUUUGGGUCUGAGCCUGUCCUAAUGCAACGGAUCAUGGUGGACGCGGCAUCCAUAGAAGAUCUGGAACAUCUGAUGCAGGCAAGGCAGCAACUUCUCACUACGGCCAAGCGAUGGGAUUCCACUUGUAAAACGAUUGUAGAAUUUGAGCCAAAUGAAACUACUGACUUGGAGAAGAGUCUCCUGACCCGGUACCAGAUUCCCUUGUCUGCAGAUCAGCUCUUCACUCAAUCCGUGCUUGAUAAAUCAUUGACCAAAUCUAAUUAUCAGUCCCGAUUACACGACCUACUUUACAUCGAAGAAAUAGCACAAUAUAAAGAAGUCAGCAAGUUCAACAUUAAAGUAAAUUUAUAUCUGGUAGCGAACUUCAUGCUCACUGGUGUUUCAGGCGGUGCUAAAUAUGCUCAGAGUGGACAACUGUUUGCUCGCUUCAAACUCACAGAAACUCUGUCAGAAGAAACUUUGGCUGGACGAUUAGUAAUGACCAAAGUCAAUUCUGUCCUGCUGUUGCCAAUAACUAAAGAGAGAUCCAUGCAAAUCCAGGGGACCAAAGAGAAGGUUUAUGAAGCUGCGAUUGAAGAAAAAACUAAGGAAUGCAUUUAUUUGAGACUGACCAAGGAAUGUUGCGAGGAGCUGAAGCUUCGAGCAGAUCGAGAGAUGCAGGUUGAACUUCAAUUUCAACUCAAUCGCUUGCCCCUCUGUGAAAUGCAUUAUGCCCUGGACAGAAUCAAGGACAACAGUAUUCUCUUUCCAGAUGUCUGCAUGUUUCCCACAAUUCCCUGGAGCCCCAUCAGUAGACAAUGGGACGAGCAGUUGGAUCCCCGGCUGAAUACAAAACAGAAGGAGGCUAUUCUGGCAAUCACAACUCCGCUUUCCAUCCACCUUCCGCCUGUUCUCAUCAUUGGACCCUAUGGAACGGGGAAAACAUUCACACUGGCACAGGCAGUCAAACACAUACUAAAACAACAGGACACAAGGAUCCUUAUUUGCACCCAUUCCAACAGUGCUGCUGAUUUAUAUAUAAAAGAUUAUCUUCAUCCUUAUGUUGAAGCUGGAAAUCCACAAGCCAGACCUCUCAGGGUGUACUUCAGAAAUCGAUGGGUGAAGACAGUGCAUCCCGUGGUGCAACAGUAUUGUUUGAUUUCAAGCACACAUUCCACCUUUCAGAUGCCACAGAAAGAGGAUAUCUUGAGACAUCGUGUGGUAGUCGUCACUCUAAGUACAUCACAAUAUCUCUGCCAGUUGGAUCUUGAAUUAGGUUUAUUUACUCACAUUCUCUUGGAUGAAGCAGCACAAGCAAUGGAGUGUGAGACAAUCAUGCCUUUGGCAUUAGCCAGUAGACACACGAGGAUUGUUUUAGCUGGAGAUCAUAUGCAGCUUAGUCCCUUUGUAUACAGUGAAUUUGCCCGAGAAAGGAAUCUUCAUGUUUCUUUGCUUGACCGUCUGUAUGAACACUAUCCUGCAGAGUUUCCGUGCCGAAUACUACUGUGUGAGAACUAUCGUUCUCAUGAAGCUAUAAUCAAUUACACUUCAGAACUAUUCUAUGAGGGGAAGUUGAUGGCCAGUGGAAAGCAGCCAGCACACAAAGAUUUUUAUCCAUUAACGUUCUUCACAGCCCGAGGAGAAGAUGUACAGGAGAAAAACAGCACUGCUUUCUACAACAAUUCGGAGGUUUUUGAGAUUGUGGAACGUGUUGAGGAGCUGAGGAGGAAGUGGCCCGUUGCCUGGGGGAAGUUGGACGAAGGUAGCAUCGGCGUUGUGACACCAUACGCUGACCAAGUGUUUAGGAUCCGAUCGGAACUUCGUAAGAAGCGGUUGUCCGAAGUGAACGUAGAACGUGUUCUGAAUGUUCAAGGCAAGCAGUUUAGAGUCUUAUUUCUCAGUACAGUAAGGACAAGGCACACAUGCAAACAUAAGCAGACGCCCAUCAAGCGAAAGGAACAGUUAGUAGAAGACUCCACCGAGGACCUGGACUAUGGGUUUCUGUCUAAUUACAAGCUGCUUAAUACUGCCAUCACCAGAGCACAGUCACUGGUCGCUGUGGUCGGAGACCCCAUAGCUCUGUGCUCAGUUGGGAGAUGCAGGAAAUUCUGGGAAAGUUUCAUUGAUAUCUGUCACGAGAACAACAGUCUCCAUGGCAUCACAUUUGAACAAAUUAAGGCACAGCUGGAGGCACUGGAGUUGAAGAAGACUUAUGUCCUUAAUCCUCUAGCUCCAGAAUUCAUCCCCAGAGCCCUCAGACUUCAGCAGCCAGCAAAUACUAACAAGCAGCAACAGCCAUCCCCGCCGAAGAAUAAAGGCCAUCACCAUAACCAGGGUGACCACUUUCCUACAGAUGGUUUUGUUCAACCCAAUUCUACAGUAUUAAUUGGGAAUCCCAUCCGAGCCUAUACCCCUCCUCUUGGUUCUCAUCCUGCCCUCGGUAAAUCUCCAAGCCCUGUCCAACGGAUAGAUCCACACACUGGGACGAGCAUCCUGUACGUGCCUGCUGUCUAUGGUGGAAACAUGGUGAUGUCUGUGCCUUUGCCAGUUCCUUGGCCUAGUUACCAAAGCCGUUUUGCAGUCGAUCCUCGCAUUAUGAGCCAUCAAGCAGCUAUGGCAUACAACAUGAACCUGUUGCAAGCACAUGGUCGUGGAUCUCCCAUCCCUUAUGGUCUUGGCCAUCAUUCUCCAAUUGGAGUAGGACAACAACAUCCUGAGAAGGAGCACGAACAAAAUAGAAUAGCAAAAAGUGAGGCAAGUGUAAGAAGUGAACAAAGUAGGCUUCAGACUCCUGAGAAGAAACCACCUGACUCCAAAGAAAAACAGGUGGAACCUGAGUUGCUGGCACAGAACAGAAGCCCAGAAUCACACUCCAAUUUAGGCUAUCCAAUGUCUAGAUUUCACCGAAAAGACAAUCUUGGUCAAAGGCAGCUAAAUUUCCAUCUUGCUUCUUCGCAUCCACCGCCUGCACCUUACCACCACCCUUCUAAUCGACAGUUCCCUCAUCAGCACCCUGUACCUAGGCAGCCCUAUCCAGUACAACAGCAACAGUUGCCACAGCAGCACAGCCAGUUGCCUCAGCAGCAGCCACCACAGCUCUCUCCUGCUUUUCCUCAGGCCCCUAACCACAGCUUUUUCCCCACUUCUCAUUCCCAUCCAUCUCAGCAUUCCCCAAACACUGAUAACAUGUGUCCGGAUCAGCCCAUCCCUGGUCUGGAGGGAGCAACCCCACUGAGGUCAGUUCCACACUUCAACGCCCCCCAUAAUCGCCCGUUCAAUUUCAUUGAAGACAAUACCUCAGGAGCUGGGAUGGGGGAAAUUUUAGAUUCAUUGCAUACCAGCACAGCCGAAGACCUCAUGAGGCAGCAUUCAAGAAUUCAUCAGUGGAACGAGCAUCAGGAUUACGUCAAUACAGGGAAUCCAUUAUACCCUCAACAACUACAGCAGCUUGCUCACCCCUCCCAGCAACAAGUCAGGUAUUCACAACAUGCUCUCAAGGGCCAGUGGAAGCAUGGCAAUAAUGCAGAAGAUGAAAAUGGGCCAACAUAUCAAAGAUUCCCAGGUUUGUUAAGAGAGAUGCCAGCUUCGGAUCAGAAUGAAAAUAAAGAACUUAAUGAGAUGCCCCUGCAGUCCCGAUUAUUGCAAUACAGACAGAUUCAGAGCAGAAACCCACCCGGACAUCUCCCUGCACCUGUAAAUCACAAUAACCAGUUUUCCAAUUUGAAUGACAGUAAUCCUUCCCUUGAAACCAUCAACAAUUCUGGCUUUCAGCAGCUUCCUCAGCAACCGAUGUAUAAUCCUGCUUACCCUGUACCGUCAGGACACACGCCACCACCUUCUUCCAAGUACCUGCACCCCGAGGGCUCAUGGACGCUUCCUUGUGUGCAACAGAACCACCUGAUGGGGCAAAACAUGCCGUAUGGGGUUUCACAGUUGCCUCAUCGAGCAGAGCCACAUCCAAUAAUGUCUCUACAACAACAACAACAACAACAGCAACAACAACAGAACAAUAGAGAGGACUCAUUUCACCCAGCUUCUGCACGAACAGUAUCUGUUUCUUCACUUCACAGCAUAGAAAAGUAUGAAGCCAGAGGACCAGGAAGGCCUUUGUACCAAAGAAGAAUCUCGGCCACUUCUGUUCAAGCAUUUCCUGAAGAUUCAAACAAUCCACAAGGCAAUCUUAGUCAAUGCAAGGAUCUUCAAGACCACAACAACCAUCCUUCUUACAAGUACACAUCUCCAGAGAUGUGGGUGAAUGCCAACUCUUCAGCUGCCCUCCAGAACAUGCUGUGCAAUGGAUCCAACAGAGCAGUCGCACCACGGGACCUUUUAGUUCAGUCCAAGAAUCUGAGACCCCCAGAGGAACACCUGAAGCCGGAGAAUGUAUCGCAGCUGCAGGCGAACUCCUUCAACUACAAUGUGCUUCAGCACCUUGGCCAGUUCCCCCCGCUCCUGUCUAACAGCCAGAUCGCAGAGUCCGGCAGCCAGCAGAAAGCAAGUGGAACCAAACCAGUCAUGUCGUACGCCAAUGCAUUGCGAGCUCCGCCAAAGCCUAAACCUCCUCCAGAGCCUGCGAAGAAAAACGGCGACCCUCUAUCUUUGUUUCAGGAACUCAGCAUAGGUAGUUCAUCAGGUAGCAAUGGGUAUUACUCUUACUUUAAAUAAAGCAAAAUGGUUCCUUUUUAGAUUUUAAAAUGAGUCAGAACAGUGAGGAAUAUAGUUUAUUAAAAAUAUUUCGCAACUUCUCCGACAAAACUUCCUGGAUUUUUUUUUUUGUGUUUUGUUUCAUUUUGACAGAAGGGUCUCAUCCUGUGUAUAUUUUACAUUACUUUACGUACUUUGUAGUUGAUCAUAGAUUCCUAAAUUCAAGAUUUCUUUAAAAAAAAAACAAAAAAAAUCUUUGAUAUGCAUAGGUAAAUCUUGUAACAGCUGAGAAAAAAAUGGAAAAAAAAGUUUUUAAGCAGAGCAUUAAUUUUCGAGUCACUUUUUAAGAAUACUUCGCUGACAUAUAGUAGCAUACAAUGCUGGGAUUCUGUACUAGAAGUGGCCAGCUUACCAUGAGGAAGAGAUCUACAAAAUGUUUCAUUUCAAGCAAAGUUUCUUAAAAAAUGUUAAAUGCAUUCUGAAAUGUUUUGAUCAACAAAGAUUUUACUCUGUGUAAAGUGUUAUUGUAAACAAACUGCUUUUAACUUAAAAAUAGGAUAUAUAUUUGCAUAAACAUACACACAUGUAUAUUAAAAUUCAGUUUAGACACAAAGCUUUUACUUUUUAAAAAAAAUGGCAGAAAUCACUGCAGAAGACGUAAGCACACCUUCAUCACAUGCUCUGCUUUUUAUUUUUGUUUUCUGGGUCAAGCUGACAGCUUUACUUCUUGUUUCACUGUUAAUUUGAUAGAUUUUUUUUUUUAAACGAAUCAUGAAGAUUAAAUCUAGAUAUGCUGGUGCUUAGUAGAUUAUUAACUUUAAAAAAAAAAGUGUGAAUUUAGUUUAAAGAAAAAAGAACUUGUUUGGUUUCACUAUGCAUGUGUAAAUGUUUUUAAAUCUGGCUUUUUUUUCUUUGAAGGGAUGCACAAUAGUGUAGAACUUCAUAGCUUUUUUUGUAGUUUUAAUUUUGGUACAUUAUUUGAUGUUUACAUUAAAAUGUGAUGACAUACAUGAAAUUCUAAUAUUCUAAUUUUUUGUUUUUAUGGAAAUACAAUUACAGAGUGACAUCACUUUCUCCAUAUUUCUGUUUAAAACAUUUCCCCUCCUGUCCCCACACGCAGAAAAGGAUUAAGUAUUGCUCUCAGCAUUUAUCCAGCUAGCAAUGAGCAUAAGCUACUUCAAUGUUCCUCUGUGCUUUUAACCUUAUAAACACAUUCAUAAGUUUUGGGUAAUUACAGUUUUACUGAACUGGUUAUCUUCAGAAAUGUAUCUGUCCUGAUUAGUGUUGGGUGGCAUUUUUUAUUCAGGUGUUUCUCUCCUCCUUUUCUUCCCAUCGACCCCUUUCUCCAACUUCUAAAGUUUUGAUUUGUUACUCUGGGCAUUGCAAUAGCUGCUGCAGUCAGGAAAUGUGUAACACUUUCCAUCUGCUUUUAUUUUCUUUUGUUCAGUAUUAAAAUAUUUAAAUUGUA